CUUGCCUUGUGCCUUAUUUUUGCACCACCCUCGUUCACACAUGUACUGUGCGUGACCACCUCUGAAUUACAUAUAACAAAACAAAAGAGAUGAGAACCUCCCAGAAAUCGCUUCUCCUCAUCUACUUCGCCUCGCUGUUGUCUCUGUUUGUUAAGUUCACCGCAGCCAGGACAAGACACUACACUUUCAAUAUUGAUUACCACAAUGUGACGAGACUCUGCCACACAAGAAAGAUUGUGACCGUGAACAAACAGUUCCCCGGGGCUCCGCUGGUGGCAAGGGAAGGUGACCGUGUGCUUGUGAAAGUCGUUAAUCAUGUCUCGAACAACAUCACCAUUCACUGGCAUGGAGUUCGGCAGCUCAGGAGCGGGUGGGCAGAUGGGCCUGCGUAUGUCACGCAGUGUCCGAUACAGACUAACCAAUCAUACGUCUACAACUUCACCACCGUCGGGCAACGGGGAACUCUGCUGUGGCAUGCUCACAUCUCGUGGAUGAGAUCGACCGUCCAUGGUCCCAUCAUCAUCCUCCCUAGGAGGAACGAGUCGUACCCGUUCAAGAAGCCCUACAAGGAAGUCCCCAUCAUAUUUGGAGAGUGGUUUAACGUAGACCCAGAGGCUGUGAUAAGUCAGGCUCUUCAGACGGGAGCAGGGCCCAACGUCUCAGACGCCUAUACGAUUAAUGGCCUUCCAGGACCCUUAUACAAUUGCUCCUCUCAAGAUACGUUCAAGCUGAAGGUGAAACCCGGGAAGGCCUAUCUCCUUCGAUUGAUCAAUGCUGCACUCAACGAUGAGCUCUUCUUCAGCAUCGCAAACCACACCCUCACCGUGGUCGAAGCUGAUGCCUCAUACACCAAGCCCUUCGAAGCAGAUCAGCUCUUGAUCACCCCCGGACAGACCAUGAAUGUCCUGCUCCGCACCAAGCCUCGCUUCCCGAAUGCUACCUUCCUCAUGGAAGCAAGGCCCUAUUUCUCCGGACAGGGCACGUUCGACAACUCCACCACUGCUGGAAUCCUCGAGUACGAGCACCCGUCCAAGAACCAUUCCUCCAAUAAGAAGCUCCCCUUGCUAAAGCCUACUCUGCCUCCGAUUAAUGCCACUGGCUUUGUGGCCAACUUCACCGGAAAGUUCCGAAGCCUGGCCAAUGCUAAGUUCCCAGCGACAGUACCGCAGAAGGUGGAUAAGAAAUUCUUUUUCACCGUCGGUCUUGGGACCAGCCCUUGCCCGAAGAACACAACAUGCCAAGGGCCCAAUGGCACCAAGUUUGCUGCCUCGGUUAAUAAUGUGUCCUUCGCGUUGCCAUCAACAGCCCUCCUGCAAGCUUACUUCUUUGGCCAGUCCAAUGGGGUAUUCACUACGGACUUUCCGGUUAAACCUCCAGUGCCGUUCAACUACACCGGGACUCCGCCAAACAACACUAUGGUUCUCAAUGCCACAAAGACUGUGGUUCUGCCAUUCAAUAGUAGUGUGGAGCUGGUGAUGCAGGGCACGAGCAUUCAAGGUGCGGAGAGCCACCCGCUCCACUUGCACGGCUUCAAUUUCUUCGUAGUUGGACAGGGCUUUGGGAACUAUGACCCGAGCAAGGGCCCAACGAAAUUCAAUCUGGUGGACCCUGUCGAGAGGAACACUUUCGGUGUCCCGGCAGGAGGCUGGGUAGCAGUCCGGUUCCUAGCGGACAACCCUGGCGUGUGGUUCAUGCACUGUCACCUAGACGUGCACACGAGCUGGGGCCUUAGGAUGGCGUGGAUAGUCCUCAAUGGACCUGAACCAAACCAAAAGCUGCCGCCGCCGCCGUCCGACUUACCAAAAUGUUAACAACGACCAUGAAAGGUCCGGGAUGCGGCUAAUUUUUUUAGAGGGUCCUUGUAAGUUAAUGUUUUUUUUUCCCCCUUGGGGCAUAAGGUGUGCGCGUCUGUCUACAUUUGUUGCUUGAGAGAGAGAGAGAAAGCGAACAGCUCGGCAGUGAACAUCGUACGGGGAUUUAAUCAUGUGAUUCAGAAUUUGAUUAAUGCUAAUCCUCUACUGCCAAACAUGUUUUAUGUCCCAUCUCAUGAUCAUUUUGCUUUUAAUCAAAGUUGUUGCAGUUUCAAUGCU